AUGAAUUAAGGGGAGGGAGAAGUCACAGAACAUGACUAACACGAGAAAGUGGUGAAGUACAUUGUCAAAAAUACUCCUUUCGGAUAAGCUAAUUUAGUGAUUAAGGAUUUGUGCAAAAUCAUUGGGAAUAUUAAUCCAUAGCAUGCUAUUAUGCUAUAAGCAUUGAGGGAUCAUAACGAGGAGCAUUUGGCUUUGAUUAAAGGCUAAAACACUCAAAUCCUUACGAGUGUACUGAAUUCUUAGGAAGACUUUUAUGUAGAUUAGAAAAACAAUGAGACAAUUUAAGUGGAUCAUGAAAAAUUAGAAAUAAUAUCCAGAUCUUAAGUGGAAUUACCAUCAGAUCCAGAACUAAACGUACUGAGAGAUGCACUUGAAUAGCAAUUAAAUCUCUACUUGAGUUAACAAUUUAAUGAGAAGGUUUGUGGAGCUUAUGUUAUGUAUCAAGGUGAUGCUUCCGAUUACACAUUCUACAUAGGAAUUACUGCAAAAACAAUCAAUUUGCCAAACUUUUUCUGCGGAAGUUGGAUCUCAACUUGGGAAUUAACAAAAACAUAAUUGAAAGGUGAUUUGAAAGUGUAAGCACACUAUUAUGAAGAUGGUAAUGUGCAAUUAAAAAAUGUAAAUGCCUUUUCAGAAGGAAUCAAUGUAGACUUGUCAACAGCUAGUGAAAGUGCUAAAUAGAUUGUUCACACAAUCGCUAAAUUAGAAAACAAGCAAUUAGCAGGAAUGGAUAAUUUAUAUAAUUCUAUGCCUGACUUUUUCUUUAAAGCUAUGAGAAGACCUCUACCAAUAACAGGUACAAAGAUGAAUUGGAAUGAAAAUGUUCACAAAUUAGUAGCAAAUUUGAAAUAAUGA